AUGCCGGGCAAACAGUCCAAUACAAAAUCCAAUAAAAAAGUAAAAACCGCUAAGCUGACGAUUCAGACAAGGGGUACCGCCGCCAUUGCUAAUGCCGUUGCUGUUAACACCGAUGCAGCAGCCAUCAACACGCAACCUGAACGAGUACUUGGACUCUCUUUCAACACUACUAUGAAUGUUCCUGUACUUAACACGGGAUCAGGAAGCCAGCAAGGCGCCGCGGGUGCCAACUUGAUAAACAAAGUUCGCCGGUCCACACGAAAUAAUCACUGCUCCCUGUGCGAUGAACGGGAUAAUAGCAGAAUGGUCCAAUGUGACUCAUGCGACAACUGGUACCAUUUCACGUGCGCAAAUGUUACUGAAGCAGUCUCAGAGACAGACUGGAGUUGCCCGUCUUGUGGAACUAGUAACAGUACCAAUCCUCUCCAUCCGGACAAUAUCUGUUCUUCACAGCAACAAUCGACACACGAACCUGAACCAUCUGAGGAUAUAAUAUCUGUGCGAUCUAACAAUACCCUAACAAGGUCGAGCACCUGUACCAGCAGAAGUCGAUCAAGGCGUGAGAUGAAGUUGCAGCUACGCAAACUGGAAGAGACUAAAGCCUUGGAGCAGAGGUUUCUGGACAUGAAAUUCGCCAUACUCGACAAAUACAGAAGCGAUAGUGAGGAGGAUGAAGUUGGGUCAAUAGUCGACAAAGUAUCGCAAAUAGAGGAGUGGAUAGAGGGUACGGACCGUAUUGGUGAUAGAGGUGAGGCCCAUUUUCAGCCCACAUUGACUAAUGAACAGCAGCCGAUAAGUUCGCAGCCUGUAGAGCACAUCGCUUACGGUCAAGGGCAACCACCAAUCGGUUACAAUCGAGAAAGAACGUCACAAGUUCCCCUCCACGUUCCACUGUCAAACCCUGGAGGACGUCCAAUACAACAAAUUGGGGUGCAUCCCCCUCGCCCAGUUCCUCACAACUUGCAAUGGACACAACCUAGUAUUCUAACCCGAAGGGUGAGUGGCGUCGACAACUUUGUUCCUGAGCAGGGUUCAACGCCAAAUCCUCCACGUUAUCGACUUGAACCCACGGAAAAUAAUGGCGACGAUACCAUGUAUCUUCUGAAUAGAAGUCAAUUGGCUGCACGUCACGCCGUUCCCAAGGAUUUGCCAGAGUUCAGCGGACGAGCCGAAGAGUGGCCAUUGUUUCUGGCCAUGUUCAACUCUUCAACGCAAAUGUGCGGUUUUUCAAACGAAGAAAAUAUGCUUCGAUUGCGGAAAUGUUUGAAAGGUGAGGCGCUGAAUAGGGUAAGGUGCGAAUUGCUGCACCCGUGCAAUGUGGCGAGCGUGAUGUCAACGCUCAAAAUGUUAUAUGGCAAGCCUGAAGCGAUCAUUCAAGCGGUCAUCCAGAAGGUGAGAGAUUUGCCAGCUCCUAGGGUCGAAAAGUUAGAAACUCUUGUCGAUUUCGCACUUUCGGUGAAGAAUCUCUGCGCCACAAUACAAGCGUGCGAGAUAAGUGACUACAUGUACAGCUCUUCUCUGCGAUACGAGCUGGUAGAACGUCUACCGCCCGGACUUAAGUUGGAAUGGGCAAGAUCGACUAGGGGAAAUCCGGUACCGACAUUGCUAGAGUUUAGCACUUGGUUGUACGUGAUGGCGGAAGAUGCCAGCGCAGUGAUGGGAACGCAGAACAACGGACCGAAAGACGAAUCAAAGGUCCGCAGCAGAAGGGAGAACGUGCUUAACGUGCAUAUCGAGACGGAUAAGAAGCAACCGUAUAACCCAACCAGGGACAAAAAGGAUUUCUCGCAAUCGUGCAGAGUAUGUAAGGGAACCUGCUCUUCGGUAGCCAAGUGUGAACGGUUUUCAGAAUUCAGCUACGACUCUAGAUGGGCUACGAUCAAGGAACUCAAACUCUGCCGAAAAUGCCUUCAACGGCAUAAUAGUCCCUGUAAACUGAAAAGGACAUGCGGAAUCAACGGAUGUACAUACCUUCAUCAUCCCCUUCUUCACGGUAGCAAAAAGUCCGAGUCGGAAACAAUAACUUCUGGUCCAUCCACUUCUUUAAUCCCCGGCGGGAAACUCGAGAGCAGUGUCAAUGUCCAUCAAACUAAAACCAGUGGAGUACUUCUCCGGUUUGUUCCUGUUGUUCUAUACGGGCCGUCGAAAGAAUUACAUACAUACGCAUUUCUCGACGAUGGUUCUGAGCUGACCCUUCUGGAGCAAGGACUGGCAGAUGAAUUAGGAGUUUCUGGACAGAUAGCACCUUUGUGUCUAAAAUGGACUGGUGGCACGAAAAGAGUGGAGUGCAAGUCCCAAAAGGUCAGUCUGCAGAUUUCUGGCACAUCGAACAAAUCGAUGAGACAUGCAUUGUCGGAUGCGCGUACCGUGAACAAGCUAGAACUGCGACCACAAACGAUGAUUAUUUCGGAAUUGCAGAAACGGUUCCGGCACCUCGAAGGACUUCCCAUCGAGUCGUAUAGUGACACUGCUCCACGCAUACUAAUCGGUGUCGACCACGCCAAGCUUGGCCACGUAACGAAGAGUCGUGAAGGUAAAACAAAGGAACCAGUUGCGGUCAAGACUUGCUUAGGAUGGUGCGUUUACGGAUAUGUCGCACAUAGUUCGUCCAGCACCGGUGUCGUCAACAAUCAUAUGCUAGAUAUUUGCUCAUGUAACCAAGAAAACGGAGAUUAUCUACAUAAGGCCAUGAAGGAAUAUUUUUCCCUUGACAGUAUGGGCGUGGUCAAAUCGGGAAAGGUGCUCAUGUCCACAGAAGAUGAACGGGCACUACAAAUGCUGGACACACUAACGCAUCGGAAAGGGGAUAAAUAUGAAUCAGGCCUUCUUUGGAAAUACGACGGUGUACGCCUUCCGAACAAUAAAGCAAUGGCACUAAAGCGCUGGGAGUGCCUGGAACAUCGGCUGCAGAAUGAUCCGCAUCUGGCAGAAGUUUUGAACACGAAGAUCGCGGAUUACAUCUGCAAAGGAUACAUACGGAAGCUUACCGAUGCCGAGCUCACGAUCCAGCAUCCCAGGGUCUGGUAUCUUCCGGUAUUUCCCGUUGUUAACCCGAACAAACCUGCAAAGACGAGGUUGGUAUGGGACGCCGCCGCGAAAGCUUACGAUGUUUCGCUCAACUCCGUCCUUCUUAAGGGACCCGAUUUCCUAGCGUCUCUGCUAAGCGUGCUAAUAAAAUUUAGAGAACACCGGAUAGCAGUUUGCGGAGACCUGAGGGAGAUGUACCAUCAAGUACUGAUGCGAGAAGAGGACCAGCAUUGUCAACGGUUUUUCUGGGGACGCGAGGAGAGCACAGGCGGACCUAAUGUCUACAUCAUGCAGGUGAUGACGUUCGGGGCCUGCUGCUCACCAAGCACGGCCCAGUAUGUAAAAAACAAGCAUGCCAAACUGUACGAAAACGAGUUUCCGGCCGCAGUUCAUGCGAUAGUCAAGCAGCAUUACGUCGACGAUAUGCUCAUCAGCGUCGAGACGGAAGAGGAAGCGAUUUCGCUCGUACACGACAUCAAGAUGAUUCACCAGGAAGGCGGCUUCGAAAUGAGAAAUUGGCUGUCGAAUUCAUCGACGGUGCUGCUAUCGCUGAAUGAAAAACCAGUGACCAAUAAAAACUUAAACGUCAAUGAUGGCCUUCCCACGGAGAAAAUUCUUGGAAUGUGGUGGGACACAGAGAAAGACUGCAUUACCUUUAAGCUCUCCUCGAAGUGCCAGGAAGAUCUCCUAUCUGGUCAACGGCGACCAACCAAGAGAGAAGCUCUUCGAAUGCUGAUGCUGAUGUACGAUCCAUGCGGAUUUAUCGCACAUUUCCUGAUGUACCUCAAGGUCUUGCUGCAGGAUAUAUGGCGCUCUGGAAUUGGCUGGAACGAUAAAAUCGAAGAGAAUGAGUUCGAAAAGUGGCUGCUAUGGCUGAAAGUCCUUCCCAAGGUAGAAGAAGUUGAAAUUCCAAGAUGCUUUCGGAUCCAGAUCUCAGUUAACGCCGAGGUACAAAUACACACAUUCGUCGACGCAAGUGAGAAUGGGUUUGCAGCCGCGGUUUAUCUGCGAUUCCGACAAGGAGCUAAUAUAGAAUGUGCGCUUGUGGCCGCCAAGACGAGAGUGGCUCCACUUCGCUUCUUGUCCAUUCCUCGAGCCGAACUUCAAGCAGCUGUCCUCGGAGUGCGACUAACGAAUGCCGUCCAAACUGCCCUGAGCUUUAAGGUGAAUCAGCGGUUCUUCCACACUGACGCCAGGGACGUGUGCUGCUGGCUGAUCUCUGACCAUAGAAGAUACAGCCAAUAUGUUGCCGUUCGAGUCAGUGAAAUUCUGGAGAGCACGGAAGUAUAUGAAUGGCAUUGGAUAUCGACCAAACAGAACGUAGCUGACUUGGGUACUAAAUGGAAAGGUUUCCCGGAUCUCAGCUCGCAAAGUCCGUGGUUUCGGGGAUCCUCGUUCCUAUCGACACCAGUAGAAGAGUGGCCUAUAACUUCGCGGCGGUAUGGAACAACUGACGAAGAACUUCGUCCUCAUCUACUUACACACAUUGUUGCACCAGAACCGUUGAUCGCGCUGGAGAAAUUCUCAAGCUGGACGACGCUAUUACGCCGAACUGCAGUGUUCGCUCGGCAAGCUUCCAACUGGAGACGAUUGGCGAAAAAGGAGCGACCACUUAGUGGACCACUCACCCACGAAGAACUGGUCAAAGCCGAAAAUUAUCUGUAUCGCAUAGCCCAAGGCGACGUGUUCGCGGACGAGGUGGCAAUCCUGAAGAUUAAUGCCUUCUCCGCAGAGAAGAAGCGAAUACCGAAGAGCAGCUCAAUCUACCGUGUCUGUCCUACACUGGACAAUCAGAAUCUGCUUCGAGUUCAAGGCCGGACAGGGGGAUGCAAGUACAUCGAUGUAGAUGCCUCCAACCCAGUAAUUCUUCCCCACGAACACACCAUAACAAAACUCGUUGUGGCGCACUUUCAUUGGCAGUUCCAUCACCAAAAUCACGAAACCGUGGUAAAUGAACUACGUCAGCACUUCUAUAUCCCACGAUUGAAAGUUGUCUACAGGAGAGUGCGUAGGGAAUGUCAGCAGUGCAAUAACGACAGCGCAACACCCUGUCCUCCAAUGAUGGCUGACUUACCAGAAGCACGGCUGGCUGCCUAUACUCGUCCAUUUACUCACACAGGUUUGGAUUAUUUUGGGCCGAUGACGGUAUCAAUCGGUCGUCGCACUGAGAAGCGAUGGGGUGUUCUAGCUACCUGUCUCACUACUAGAGCCAUCCAUCUGCAGGUCGCAUACUCACUAUCGACGGACUCGUGCAUUAUGGCUUUGAGAAAUAUCUUCAGCCGAAGGGGAACACCUUCGGUAAUAUAUAGUGACAGAGGCACCAACUUUAAAGGCGCUGAAAAGGUUCUCGAAGAGGCGAUUCGGAACAUAGAUCAGGACAAAUUAGUGACCGAGUUCACAUCAAGGCACACCGAGUGGAGAUUCAAUCCACCUUCGGCACCACACAUGGGUGGGGCGUGGGAGCGCUUGAUCAGGACCGUGAAGCAGAACUUGAGUAAGGUUAUAGCGUCAAGGAUAGUAACCGCCGAGGUACUCGAGAACGCACUGAAUGAGGUGGAGAACAUAGUCAACUCUCGACCGUUGACCAAUAUUCCCGUUGAUGGCGACCUCUCUCCGGUACUAACCCCUAACCAUUUUCUCCUGCAAUCCUCCAACGGGUUGAAACCACUAAUCACUUUCGACGACAGCUCUCGGGCCUUGAAAAACAACUACGAAACUUCUCAAAUCCUUGCCAACAGUUUCUGGAAACAGUGGCUCCGAGAUUACCUUCCGACCAUCACGAGAAGAUCCAAAUGGUUCGUGGCGAUGAAGCCCAUCGAAGUUAACGAUAUUGUAAUCGUAGCCGAUCCAAAGUUCCCACGAAACUAUUGGCCAAAGGGAAGAGUCAUAGCAACAAAGGUUGCCUCGGAUGGACAGGUACGAUCUGCAACGGUGCAAACUGUUAGCGGCGGAAUUUACGAGAGACCAACAGUGAAGCUCGCAGUACUUGAUGUAGGCGUUCGUAGUAAUGCGUCGCGGAAGAAUCUACAACGAAUUACGGGGGGGAGUGUUGAUUACGCCACAUCGACCAACGAGCCCCAUUUGCCCCGUUCAUUGAGUGACACCGAUAGUGUACUGAGGGUGCACCAGCCGAGGGAUCGUCAGCGAUGGUGA